UGGCGGGAGUCGAAGAAAGGGCACGCAGCAGGAUCAUGUUGUUGGCAAUCAAGGAGCUCAUGGGAGGCAAAGUGGUAUCCUUCCAGAAUGCAGAGUACCCUGUCUGCGGAGGCCGAGCUGUGGUGCGGCGACUACCAAACGACAAGAUCACACUGCGAUGCCGCGGGCAAAGCAGUAUCAUCGUGACGCGCAAGACAAGUACAGGCAAUGCGCAUCAAGAGGUCAUCAAGUCCGGCAUGACGACGGAACUUUUGCUCCUGGACGUGUUUUUCGCCAACGGAACUUUGUCCAAAUACCAAGUGUUUGACGCGACGUCAGCACCUUCCGCCCCUUCCUUCGUCGCUGCCACCAAAAAAGCACCGGUCGAUAUGUCCAAGGCAUCCAUCACGACGGCCAAAGCUGUAUCGACGCCAACUAUCAAAGCACCACCACCACGAGCUCUGGAUCGCGUGGUCACGUUGCCCGACAAGGUCAUUCCUAUCGAUCUUGCAGACGAAGACGCGACGAGUAGCGAUGGAGGUAUAAGCAAAGCGGCGAACACGACCAACGAAACCGUGUUGAGCAUCCUCGACGAUUCCAGCGACGACGACGACGACGACGUGGUUGCCCCUCGAAAACGACUCAAGACAGGUCGAAGCACCGUGGUCGUGUUGGACGACGACGAGCCGCAAUCGAGCCAAGGAGGCGUUGAAUCGAUCGACGAGGACGACGUGUACUUGCUAAAGGAGCCCAAGAAGCCGUCGCCGUUUGGCUGGAUGAACCAAUUCAACCGCGAGAACCAAGAAAAGUCGAAUGGAUGGAUCAUGUCCAAAAAGGCUGUCAAAGCGAGUACGGACGACUGGAUGCAGCGCAAGAUGCAGCGUCCUGUAAAGAAACCCGCGCAAUCCAAAGCCACAAUCGCCCGCAAUGCCCGCAAUGCGAAUCGGGAGGAGGUUCUCUCGGACGACGACGACCAGUCCGACGGCGUCGACGAUUCCGAUGACGGAGAUAGCUACGGAAAGCGCCGCAACACGAAACGCUCCAAGCAAGACGAAGUCGCGGGCAUGCUCCAGUCGUGCGAGGCCAUCGCAAGCACGCUGCGCGUAUCGAUUGCCAAGUGGGGCCAGUCCAACACGGACGAACAAGUGACGCUGACCACGAUCAACGACGCAGACCACCGCAUGCUCACCCAAGGCGAAAUCCCCGGCCUGAGCCCGUCGCUGGUCCUGCAGCCGUACCAACUCGUGGGCGUCAAUUGGCUGUACCUCCUCUAUCAACACAAGGUGUCGGCCGUGCUGGCGGACGAAAUGGGGCUGGGGAAAACCGUGCAAACGAUUUCGUUUCUCGCGAUCGUGUGUUCGCAGAUGAAGCAGCCGCACUUGGUUAUCGUUCCGUCAUCUGUCUUGAGCAACUGGAAGCGCGAAAUCGGGCGGUUCGCCCCAUCUUUGCGAGUGCGCACGUUCCAUGGCUCAAUUUCGGAACGCCAGGAGAUCAUGGACGAGUUGCAGCCUGGCACGUUUGACAUCCUGCUGACCACGUACACGUACUUUGAGCGCGACAGCGCCGCGGACGACCGCAAGUUCCUACGGAGUUUUAACUAUGGGUACUUGGUCUUGGACGAAGGCCACACGAUCAAGAACGCCAACACGUCGCGAUUCAAGCGCAUCUCGGCGUUGAAAACCCGCAACCGAUUGGUGCUGAGCGGGACGCCCAUCCAAAACAACUUGAGCGAACUGCUGGCGCUGCUAAGUUUUCUCAUGCCCACCAUCUUCAACCACGGGUCGGAUGAACUCAUGGACUUUUUUGGCGGCGAAGAAAAGACGUCGUGCUCCAAGAUUCGGCGCAUUUUGGCCCCGUUCAUUUUGCGCCGGCUCAAAAAGCUGGUGCUCGCGCAAAUGGUCCCGAAGACCGAGGUCGUCCUGCACGUCAAGAUGAACCCCCAUCAAGUCGCAGUGUACAAAAACGUGAUCGACGCCACGUUGUUGCGGAGGGAGGCCAAGAAGGGGGGCGGUGCGCCUGCAUCGUCAUCUCCGUCGUCCGAGUCCAACGGAUCGACGACCAAACCCUCUCGGGAAUUGAAGCUGCUCAUGGGGGGUCAAGCGCAAUCGACGGUCGUUGUCGGCAAGGGCAAGAACGACCCCACGUCCGACAACAAUGUGUUUACUUUGCUUCGAAAGGCCGCGAACCACCCCGUGCUGCUUCGACAACACUACGAAUCCUCCCAAGUGAUGGAUACGAUUGCCCGGCAACUGUACAAACUCGGCGAGUUUGGGACAGAGUGCUCGUUGGCCAUGGUCAAGAGCGAAAUCGAGGGGUACUCGGAUUUUGAACUGCACAACUUGUGCGUCGAGUACGCGCACCAGCCUGAAAUGAGGUCGCUCCAACUAUCGUCCGACAAGCUGCUCGAUUCGGGCAAGUUUGACCUGUUGCGUGAGUUGCUGCCCCGACUCAAGCGAGAACAUCACCGCGUGCUCAUUUUUUCCCAAUGGACCAAGAUGCUCGACUUGCUGGAAACAUUCCUCGUGCACUCGAACCACCGGUACACGCGCUUGGACGGGAGCACGAGUAUCGAAUCGCGGCAGUCCCUCAUCGACGACUUCAACGACGACCCAUCCAUCUUCUGCUUCCUCCUGAGUACCCGCGCCGGCGGCAUGGGCAUCAACCUGACCGCCGCGGACACGGUGAUCUUGCAUGACUUGGACUUUAACCCGACUGUCGACGCCCAAGCGAUGGACCGGUGUCACCGCAUUGGCCAAACCAAGCCCGUGACCGUGUACAAGCUGGUCACUGAAGACUCUGUGGACAAAUCCAUCUAUGACAUUGCGUGCCGGAAGACCCAACUCAACGACACUGUGCUGGGCAACCUCGGCAAAAAGUCGCGCGAUACGCAGGCAGCAGUGGACAUCCAAGCGAUUCUCACGACUGUCUUGUCGUCGUACCAACCAACUCCCACGACCGAUGAAUAAGAUGAUAGGCUGUAAACACAAACACAUUAAACAACCCCGUGAGUGGGUGGUUACAG